AUGUUAUAUUUAAAUAAGCAAUUUCUUUCGAAAAUAUAUUUAGUUUAUUAUCAACAACAUUCUGAAUAUCCGAUAGGUAUGAAUAAACAUCAAUUUCAUGAUUCAGGUAUUGUUGAUGAAGGUCUAUCUGAUGAAACUGGUUCUAUAGAAGAUGAUUCAAAUCAACAAGAUAAUCAUUCUGAUAUAAAUGAUAUACCAAAAAAACCAAAUCAAUCAUAUCUUGAAAUAAUUGCAGAAGCUAUAUUAAAAGCACCUAAUCGUAUGAUGCAAUUAUAUGAAAUUUAUAAUUAUUUUCAACGAAAAUAUCGAUAUUUUGCUGAAGAUAUUAAUAAAUCAUGGAAAAAUAGUGUACGACAUAAUUUAUCAUUAAAUGAUUGUUUUAUUAAAGCAGGACGUGGAUCAAAUGGCAAAGGACAUUAUUGGCGUAUUCAUGAAUUAGCUGAAAAAGAAUUUGAACAAGGUCGUUUUCGUCGUCGUCGUUAUCGUCAACAAAUGCGACAAUUACAAAUGCAUUCUCAAACAUAUGAUACACAAUCAAUGUCAUCAUAUUAUCCUUCAACAUCAUAUUAUAUGUGUUCACCACCACCAUCAUAUCAUAGUAUAUAUCCAACUUCAAAUAAUUCAUCUGAAAAUCAUUUAAUUUCUUCAUCGGAAACCUUAGGAACAAUGUCAAAUUCAUAUCCAUUAUAUGAUCCAUAUUCAUCAUCGUAUUAUACAACAAAUUAUCAUCAUCAUCCGAUGGCUUUGUCAUAUACAAGUCAAAAUGAAUCAGCAUCUUUUUGA